AUGAAUAUUACAGCUCUAAGUUUCUCAAACGAAAAUCGUUUCAGGAGCAACACGUUCAUUCAGGACUUAGCAGAUGAAUUGUUUGUUGAAAAAUGGCGGAGUUACGGAUCUUAUCCACUGUUUUAUAAAGUUUGCGCGCCAAUCUAUUGUUCGUAUACGGUCCGUAAAAGUAAUUAUUAUACGUAUAGUGCAUUGAAAGUACUCGGUUUAUACGGAGGAUUGACUAUUUUACUACGGUUACCUGUUCCACUUGUAAUGAAGAUUGUUUUCGUUAUUCAAAAUCGUUGUAAAACAGGUGAAGUUGUUCCAGUGACUUAA